ACAUCAUGCUCAGUCGGGUCUGAGACGCUCGAAGGAAAGGACGUAACCGUCGGCGAUCUGCCGGAGUUUGGUGCGUGGUUGACCCGCUGUUGAUUGUUUGAGGUUUUCCUCAGCCCCCGAGCUCGUGCCGGUGGUUGUUAGCGAUUCGGCUCGCGUUCUGACCUUGGAACAGUGAUUGAUGGAGUAUCUGCAAACACCCUUAAGCACAAUUUCUGGAUUUUCUUCCAUUUAUUUUUCUUUUAAUCGUAUCUAAUUGGAGGAAGGAAAUGUUUUCGUUGCAGGACCAAAUUGACCUUGAAAGUGUUUUUAGCUUGAACGAUUUCCUGUCGUAAUUUCAUGAAAGCAACUAUGGAUAAAUGUCAGUAAAAAGAAAGAAAAUUCAUAAGUGAAUUCAAAAAUAAAGCAUCAACUGAGGAAUGUUUAGUCGGAGAACUUGGGAGAAAUAGCGUAAACCUCGUGACAGUUAACCUUCGCAGUUUCUCAGCAGUUCUUCAAAAAAGGAAGUUUCUCAAUCGGAAGAAGACGCAAGAAUCAUAAGCAAUUUCAUAUACAAGCGAUAUUACAACUGCGCUUCGCGCACCGUGGUGGUGUUGCUUUAAUCGAGGGGCGACAAUUCGACGCCAACUAACGAACCUUUCGGGGAUCCUUCAGGCGAGAUUCUGUCAGGUUUUUUGCUUAGUGCAAUGAAACCAAGAUGAGCGAAAUGAGACGCCAGAGCUUUUGGUCGAGAAGUUGCCUUCUGGUCAUCUGGACGCUCUGCUUCCUCUCUGUCAAUGACCCAAAACUGGCGAAGGGAGACGUCCAGACGUCGUCGGUGAUAUCUCCGUCGUCUGAGCCUUCUGCGUGUACCCUCCGGUGGAAGGAAGAGCUCAUAUCCUGCAGAGGAAUCAACCACACCCAACUGGUAGAGGAAUUAUCCAAAAUUAAGGAACAGCUGAACAAUAAGAAAAAUGUCGCUGAAGGGAGGAACCUGGACACCGGUUUCGGAACAGACGGGUCGGUUCCUGAAGGAGUUAAGAACGAGAGCACGUGGGAGCAGAAGAGCCCCAGCAACCGACCCGAGGUCAGGGAACUCAGCAUCUUCAGCUGUGACAUACCGAAGCUGACAGCUUCUAACCUCGACUCUCCUUCGGCCCUGGAAAUCCUUAACGUCGUUAGCUCGGGCGUGAAAGAAGUACGCCCGGACGCUCUGGCCGAUCACGCCCAGUCCCUAAUGCGCCUGGUCCUCACCCAUAACCGUCUGAAGGCGUUACCCGAAGCCAUACGAAACCUGACGCGACUGGAAGUGCUGGAUCUGACCCACAAUGACGUCGACCAUCUUCCCGAGGGUUCUCUGCUUUUCAAUCUGCAUCGCCUCCGUCAGUUGUACCUCAGUCACAACAAACUGGGUCAAAUUCUUGGGGCUCAAGCACGACUUGGUCGUCAGUCUCCUGGACUGAGUUUAGCUGUGUUCAACCUUGAACCACUGAGAGAGUCUCUGACCCACCUGGCUCUUGCGAACAAUGGCAUACCCGCUUUCCCUGAGCAGUUUUCGCGACCUUUCACCAGGCUGUCCAGCCUCGACCUAUCCUCGAACGACAUCUCAGAGAUCCUUCCUGAUGGAUUUCAACAGAUGCCUCACCUGCAGUACCUUGAUCUGAGUGGUAAUCUACUGAAAGAAUUCAACUGGAAAAACCUCGCCUCUUCAGUACUUGACUUCAACCUUAGAGGCAACCCUUGGAACUGCACCUGUGACUCAAAAUGGUUAAUCGAACGACUCCAAAGCAACGAUUCGGGGGCACUUAUGAUUACACCACCAACAUGCUCGCUACCAUUCCAUCUUCGUCAUCGAGAGAUUACAUCAUUAAAAGAGAGUGAUAUUUGUCCCCCAAAGGAGAACUCUUCCAACAGUGAAGUCGUAUUUAUCGGAGAUGACGUUGAUGGGACAUUAAAACUAGCAUUGAAAUUCUUGCACCUUGUGAAUGUCACUGUCCUUAACCACCAAGCUCUAAUCAUUUCAUGGAGAAUUGACGGAGACUUCUACACUUCUCAAAACCAGUCAUCAAAACCACUUUCCUGGGCAAUAACAGUACAUAAGACCAAAGAUAGCCCUAGGUCUGCCAAGGUUACAAGAAUGAAGCUGGAGAGAUACAAGGAAGAACAACGUGACUGGAGGCCAAGAGAAUCAUCCUACACUGAACUUCUUCAUGGUCUGGAAACUGACACACAAUACACACUAUGCCUUGUACCGGUCCAAGACGAUCACUUAUUCACCAGACCAGACCAGUGCCAGUAUAUUAAGACAACAGAGGGAUUACUGCAUACAACUACAGCAUCUCCAUCAACCAUAAGGACAACUUCCACAACAGAAGCCCCAACAGUGCCCCUUCUCAUCUCUACAGAUGAUUAUGAAGUUCAGACAGAAAGAGUCAUUAUGCUUAACGAGGCCAGGAAGGUACUAAUGUCAUGGAAUGUUACUGUCCAUCAUCGAAAUAAGUUCAACAGUCAUUCCAAAAGGGAAACUCUCUUACUAAAGCCAUUAGGAUGGAAAAUAACUUACCGAAAAUUUGCUGAGGAAAAUGAGACCGAAAUAAUGCUUGUUAGUCAAGGUGGUGAACCAAUUCAAAAUUUUACUAAUCACUACACAGUUGAUAAUCUUGAUCCUGGGACAGGAUAUACAUUUUGUUUCCGCCCUCUCUCAAAUGCUGAGGUCCAGGCCUCUCUAAAAGGUGACAAUGGAGAAACAUAUGGCCCAAAAAUUUCUCUACAUUCGAAUUUACAUCAGAAUCCCAAAGUUAUAUCUUCUACUGUAAGAGGUUGGCACCAACAACAAAGUGACUUUAGUCCCUCAGACACGAAUUCAGUUGAAGGUGAUGAUACAACAAACUUUUCGACAAAUGAUUUCUCUCCCCCAACAUUACCAACUGCUGAACCACCUUUUCUGUCAAGCAUCCCAUCUAAUAUUCCACCUGUGCCUAGUGAGAUACCACAAGGAAUUCCAUCAAAUAUUCCACCAGUGCCCAACUUUCCAACUCCGUCAUCAUUUGAUCCUAGACCUCCACCUCAACCUCAACAGCCACCUGGUGGAAAUUUUGUUUAUACAAGCACAGGAGAGCGAAUUCCUCUUCCGUCUUCCUCUGGUUCAUCAUCACCAUUCAACCUACCUUCAAUUGUAGGCCCAAGCGUCCCUUUUAACUCCCCACCAUCUCAGUGGUCUUCUUCAAGUGACCCCAUCCUGGAUAUUCCCACAAAACCUCAACAGCGAUUUACAUAUGAUUUUGAUGAAAGUUCUGAUGAAACAACAUCUAGACAAACUUUCAUUUAUGAUUUCACAACUGAAGCUCCAGCUACCACAACAAAAGAACCCCAAAGGUUCACUUAUGUCACAAGACGCAGGAGGUCAGUCAAUUCCAAACCUCAAGUAAGUUAUGAGAAGAAUGCUGGCCCAGGCAUGGCUGAGCUUUGCAAAGAAGUAGUCACUCUAGAUGAAAACAAUAUCAUAGCUCCUGUAGCAAUAGCUAGCACCGUUUCAACUUCAACCACAGUCAUCAUAGCUAUUGUAUUUUGUUGUUGUUGUCCAAGGAAAUGCCGGAGAAAAAAGUCUGGUUGGCAAGGAAAAUCUCUGCCUAAUAGAGGAAAGAUUAGUACUAUUUCAAAUCCAACACCUGUCAAUGUUUAUACACGCCAAAGUUCUGUUGUCAGUGGAACAACAGUUCUUGACGACAGCAACAGUGACUCAAAGAGCAUUCCUUCUCAGAUAUCUGCAAAUGGAACAACCUUCAUUGACGGAGACAAUAAUGGUCAUCAUGUAAAGACUGGACGUUCUAUUUCUGUAGCGUCUAGCGCUGGCUACCUAACUCCUCUUCCAGCAAGCAAUGGCACAGUUCCUGAUCCUGACCGCAUAUUCAGUGAAGCCAAAUUAUAUUUACCAAGUCAAAAGGCGUACCUCAACUCAGUUAAGGACCGUUUACUCCAGCAGCAUAAGGAUUUAAAAGAAUUUCAUCCAGGGUAUGAUAUCCCACCUACUUCCUCUAUAAAAUCUUUGUUAGGUUAUGACUAUCCUCAUCCUACUCCUGUGAACCCUAUAGGAUCCCAUACAGAUUCAACGGCAAAAUCUCCUGUUUCAGGCAAAGCACCAAUCCCUUCUCCAUCUAGCAGUGAUUCUAAUUAUAAUGCUUCAGUUAGUGAUCCCAGAGAAGUAGAAUCAUUGAGGCCUGAAGUUAACUUAAAUAUUCCUUUUAACCAGAAUAAAAGUUCAGAUUCAAGUAAAAAAUUCAACUUAUCCAAAGAUUCUGAUGCCAAUAAAAGUACUGACUAUAACUACAUCAACCCUGAUGAUGUGAAUACCAAACCUAGAACUUACAUUAAGAAUGCCCCAGCUAGAACAAGACACCGCAAGUUCGGAUCACCAGUUCGCUUGCCAGAUGAGAGUAAUAAAGACUUGAUGAGACACACACAUGGUGUUGGACCUUUACAAUCACCUCCCCAUUUGAGCCGUUCUGUUCCUGACUUGGCAUCAGCUGUAAGAUCUCCAGAGGCUGAUAACCAAUCUUUGCUACAUCCAUCAGAUAUGACAGCAGCUGCUCGACUUAAUUUGCUCAUUGGAAACCAGAGGAAAGAGGAAGAAAAUGGCAUAUUAUCUCUUCCAACAAUCCAGCCAGUAGGACCCACCUCAAAAGCUCAGGUCUCCUCUGCAUCAGCAGAACACUUGAACGAAGUGGGUGGAUAUGUUAAUUUUCCCUCUUCCCGGGACGACACCGACCUUAAGCAAGGAAAGGAUAAAGACCAUUAUCAUACUUGGUCUAGUUCUCGUCCCAACACUCCUCGUUCCAGACCAAGUUUAGGGGAAGUUGUCUUAACAGGAGGGACGCUUAUCGAAGUUCCCGAGGGCUAUGUCAUUCCAAAGCCUCCGAAGCCUACAAGGUCUGUAAGGCUUUUGGUGCCGGGAGAAGAUAAGCCAAUUAGAUUAGAUAAGAAUGAGAUUAGGUCUGGUAAGUCCUCUAUGGAAUACAGUUCACCUCCAACAUCACCUAAAGAAAUCAAAACCGUUUCUUCCUUACCUCCAAUAAUCAACUCAUCCAGAAGAGAUGAUGAAAAAAGUCAAAUUACCCAUCUAAUGACCCCGGAGAUGGACCAAAACAGAAUUAUUAUAAGUACGGGUUUAGCAGUUUAGAUUCAAAAGUAUCUGUGUGCAAGUAUUAUGUAUAUAUUGUAAAUGCCUUUAACAUUUUAGUGAUAAUUGCCUGUAAAAUAACCAUAAGGACUUCGAGAUCUAUUGCACGAUGAUAGUGUACAAGCAAAGAAAUAAGUAAAUAUUUAGGUGCUUUUAUCACAUGUGCUAAGAAUGUCUGAAAAGAUAACCUAGUUUUGCUAUGAAUUGUGCAUUCUUAAAAAGAAAUAUAGUGUAUAUAAAAAGAGAUAAUUAUGCAUACUUACUCUAUAGAGUCUAGACUGUUACAUAUCGUAUAUAAGCAUAACCCACGAUGUAAAUUUUCCUUUUAUGUAAAUAGCUCGAUUUAAUAAGACAUUUAUAUUAGCAGCACUGAUGACAAGCUGUAGUGGAACCAUGAUGGCCAGUAGAAUCAGACAGGAUUUGAAAUUCUCAGCGGCUGACGAAAAACUAUUGCCAUUAACAUCGUCUUAGUAUGAGUAUACUUCAUGAAUGAUCAUUAUCCCCGAGUGCCCAUGAUAUUGUUAGAUAUAUUUCAGUUUUUUUAUUUAGUGCUGAUUUUCAUGACGAAAGCAUAAAAUAUGGGUUGUCUUACGAUUCAUCCUCCAAAAUGUUCUCGAAAAACUAGAUCCCUUAAGUCUGUACCAGUCUUAUUUUAGGCGGAUGUAAUACAACCUGAAAAGUAUGUAAAACCGCGAGGAAUCCCUACAUACCUUUUUCUUUAGACUAACAAUUUAUGGUCAGCAAGAAUAAGAUUCGUAGAAGUAUCUUACGAUCAAUUGCAUUGAAGAAGCUAAGCUCUAAGAUCUAUUCACUCUUGAACACAUAUUUCCAAGACAUUGAGGUCUUACUCUAUAAUAGCCAGUGCUCUUGUAUAUCACAAAUACGUGGUAAUAGCAUGCUAUUUUGGCCAGUAUUUUCAGAAUGAUUUAGUGAGGCUGAAUUAGGUUCUGUAUUUUGUCUGAUAAACCAAGUGUACUUGCUUAUCGUUUCAAUAAAAGAGUGCAUAUUUCAUUCAGCUAUGUGGCAUAGACGCACAUUUCUAUUUUCAAUAAACAUUUUGAUGUUAUUUUGAGAUUUACCUUUAUAGUGAGAGUAAAAAUGUAUGGGCUACUUGAAUGCUCUCUCUCUCUCUCUCUCUCUCUCUCUCUCUCUCUCUCUCUCUCUCUCUCUCUCUCUCUCUCUCUCUCUCUCUCUCUCUCUCUUUUAAACUAGCAUUAUUUUGAAAUGUGCCAUUUCAACCCCCUCAUGAACAUAACAUGUCAUUUCUUUUGUCAUGGAACUGAGAGUUCCUGGCAUUUGUAUAUACUGACAAAUAUGUCUUUUCUCCCAUUGAACCUGUAUUAUAUGUACAUUAUCCAUUUCGAAAUAAUAACUAAACAUUAUCGUCAGUACCAUCCCAUGUGACUCCAGUUGUAAGGCUCAAACAUGGAUUCUGAAUAUACAA